AUGGCUCUCGUGGACUUGGAAUCCAGAUCCUUCUUGACCGGCGUGUUUUUCUUGUUGUUUGGUGUAUUGUUGGUUUAUCGCCAUCUCUUUUCUAAGCCCACCUAUUCUCUCCCCCCGGGACCAAAGCCACUUCCAAUCGUCGGGAAUAUCCUUGAUAUGGUGCGAAGCACUCCCAUGGACAUGUUUACACAAUGGCAUCAAAAAUUCGGCCCUAUCAUUUCCCUCCGUUAUGGCCAACGUCAGGUCAUCAGCAUCAACUCGUCUAGCAUCGCCCAUGAUUUGUUGGACAAGCGUGGGGCUAUCUAUAGCUCGAGACCGCGUUUAAUCAUGGCCUCGGAACGCAUGCUUAACAGUAUGAAUAUUGGUGUCCUUCCAUACAACAAGCGAUGGAAUGUCCAUCAUCGCAUCAUCUCUCCUUUCUUCGAAACGUCCAUGGUCAAAAGAUAUGCGCCUAUCUUUGAUCUGGAGAGCAAGCAGGUUAUCGCGGAUUUCCUAUCCUCAAAUGAUUUUGAUUCUAGCCUGUCCCGAUUUUCCGCAAGCAUUUUCCUUGGCCUCAGCUAUGGUAUACAUUUAGAUAGCAACGAGAGUACCGAGGUGACAGAUCUUGACCGGAUCAACCAAUUCUUCCUGGACGCAAUGAGCAGCAUGUACUGUCGUCUCGUGGAGCUCUACCCCUUCCUUGACCUGACGCCUUACUGGCUGGCACCAUGGAAAUGGCUUGCCGCCGACGUGGAACGUCAAACCACCGCUGUACAUAUGAGGCAUUUCGAGUUCGCCAAGUCAAAACCCACGUGGAACUGGCUGCAGGAAGCCAGAGCGUCGAAGCUCGGAAGUCAGUUGCCCGACAAGGAGCUCGCCUAUGUGGUCGGCACUUUGCAUCAAGCCGGGGGCGAAGCCAUCAUCACCCUCAGUCGUCUUCUUGUAAAAGUCAUUGUUCUUCAUCCUGAAUGUGCCGCCCAGGCGCAGAAAGAGCUGGACCAGGUUGUUGGCCCCAAUCGACUCCCCAACGUUGACGACCAGGAAGAUCUUCCCUACAUCAACGCCAUGAUCACAGAGGCAAUGAGAUGGCAACCCGUCACUCCCCUGAUCUUCCCGCAUGCAAACACCCAGGAUGAUGAGUAUAUGGGCUACCAUAUCCCCAAGGACACGAUGAUUCUCCCAAACCUUUGGGCGAUGGGUUACGACCCCGAGAUCUAUCCAGAUCCUACUGUCUACCGACCGGAACGGUGGCUGGAAAACACUCCACCGCAUCACCCUGCCUUUGGGUUCGGUCGGCGAAUCUGCCCAGGUCAGCAAUUGGGCUCCAUUAGCGUGUUUCUCCUCGUCGCGAGGAUCCUCUGGGCAUUCAACACCACGCACGCUUAUCGCGAUGGGAAGAAGGUAGAAAUCGAUCCCUGGGACCUGAAGAUCACCCUGACGCUCUCGUCGAGUCCCUUUGAGGUAGAAUUUCACGCGCGAAGUGACAAACACCGGAAGAUCAUCGAACAGGAGUGGUUGUCGACUGAGAAGGAUGUCGGCGUCAUUCUGGAGGAAAUUCGGCCACCCAGACGGGAAUGA